AUGUCGCGCUGUCGGUUGUCUCGGUCCGAAUGGGAUUUGGAUGAGACAGAGGUAAUUGUGGAAUACCUGCUAAUGCCAGGUAAAAAUGAACGCCAGCAACUUUUUAUGUUCUUCAAAUUUCUGCAAGGAAACCUGAACAGCAGAGGAAGUGGAUUGGACCAACUAGUUCACAUCUCAGUCAGUCUGUUAGCAGUAGUCGUCAGCUUCUGCGGGCUCGCCUUGCUAGUAGUCUCACUUUUUGUCUUUUGGAAGUUGUGUUGGCCCUGCUGGAGAAGCAAACCUCUCACUUCCAAUGCCAGUAAUGUCCCUCAGAGCAACUCCAGUGCUCCUACGGAGAGUUUUGAUACAAGUGAGAAAAAGGAAGUUAAAGAAAAUGGGAAACCUACGACAAAGGUGCUUGAAGCUGCAUUGAAAAUUAGCCACACUUCACCUGAUAUACCAGCAGAGGUCCAGAACGCGCUGAAAGAGCAUCUGAUCAGACAUGCACGCAUGCAGAGGCAGAUCACUGAGCCCACAUCAUCAUCGAGGCACAAUUCUUUCAGGAGGCACUUGCCAAGGCAGAUGCAAGUGUCCAGUGUUGAUUUUAACAUGGGGACAGACCCAGUUUUGCAGAGGGGAGAGACGACAACCAGCAUUGGGAGAAUAAAACCAGAACUCUACAAACAGAAGUCUGUGGACUCUGAUGGGCAACAAGAAGAUGUGAAAACAUGUGGAAAACUUAACUUCACUCUCCGGUAUGAUUAUGAGAAUGAACUUCUGGCUGUCACAAUUGUCAAAGCCUUAGAUCUGCCUGCUAAAGACUUCACAGGAACAUCCGACCCCUACGUUAAGAUUUAUCUGCUUCCAGAUAGGAAAAAGAAGUUUCAAACAAGAGUUCACAGAAAGACAUUAAAUCCUGUCUUUGAUGAAACCUUUCAGUUUCCUGUAGCCUAUGACCAACUCAGCAACAGGAAAUUGCAUUUCAGUGUUUAUGAUUUUGACAGAUUUUCUAGACAUGACAUGAUUGGGGAAGUUAUUCUUGAUAACUUUUUUGAAGUCUCAGAUCUCUCCAGGGAAGCCAAUGUAUGGAAAGACAUCCACUGUGCUACCACAGAAAGCAUAGAUUUGGGUGAGAUCAUGUUUUCCCUCUGUUAUUUGCCUACUGCUGGGAGAAUGACAUUAACAGUCAUCAAAUGUAGGAAUCUCAAAGCAAUGGAUAUAACUGGCGCAUCAGAUCCCUAUGUCAAAGUGUCUCUGAUGUGUGAGGGUCGAAGACUGAAAAAGCGGAAAACGACCACGAAGAAGAACACGCUCAAUCCCAUUUAUAAUGAGGCCAUCAUCUUUGAUAUCCCUCCAGAGAAUGUGGACCAGGUCAGCCUUUCCAUUGCCGUGAUGGAUUACGAUCGAGUAGGGCACAAUGAGGUCAUUGGGGUGUGUCGGACAGGAAUUGAUGCUGAAGGGCUUGGAAGAGAUCAUUGGAAUGAAAUGCUUGCUUACCCACGCAAACCAAUAACUCACUGGCAUCCACUACUAGAGUUACCUGGCCGAGCAACCAGUUUUGAUAGCCAGGGAUCUUGUUCAUCACCAAAACCACCGCUUACGCCCUAA